AUGCUCACCUGGCGAUAUUGCUCAGCUGCACUGGUGGCUAUAUUCGCUUUCCUUCUUCGAUAUCGAACCACACUUAUAAGAGAGAUCUUUGACCUACCUAGCACAAUGGGAGAGACGCUCGCCAACAAGAACCAAGAAUAUUGGAACCAUGCCUCCCAGGUUGUGUUCAAAGACAAAUGGGUUCAGGAUCUACAGAAUCAGAUUCUCGAAUUCCUGUCGGGCAACGUGGACUGGAUAGGCGUUAAGCCUCUUACCGGCGACAAUAACCGACAGACAAAAUUGAUGGAUUAUGCCUGCGGAAAUGGCAUUGUUUCUCGCUCCCUGCAUCAUAUGUUCUCCAAAUGCAUUGGCGUCGACCUGUCAGAUGGCAUGCUAGACAAAUAUCGCACAACCGCAACGGAACUGGGCCUCGACAAUUCGCAAAUGUUGGCCGUUCAGGGUAACCUCCUGGCUCCCAUAGUCACACCGACUAGACCUCCCCUCAGUGAGGACGAGCUGAAUGACUUCGACCUGGUGGCUAUUUGUAUGGCAUUGCACCAUGUGGAAGACAUCGCUUUGGCCACCAAACGUCUCGCCGAAAGACUGCGACCGGGCGGCGUGCUUCUAAUUAUCGACUGGGCGACGCGCAAUUCGUCGGACGAGACUGAACAGCAAGCUGGAGUGCAGACAACUCCAUCCUUGGCGGAGAAUCAGCACCAUAGCCACCAUCACCACAGGCAUGAGAUCAUGGAUUCGAAACACCCUUCAGCGCAUACCAUCUCCCACGACAGCUUUUCACAAAGCCAGAUAUUCUCCCUCUUUGAACAAGCGGGCUGUGGAGAGUCGCAGUUUGUGAUGGCGGAUCGACUAUCGCCCGUUCCUGGCGCUCGCAGUGGACAGAUGCAACUAUUCUGGGCUCGUGCAACUAAACUGUGA